UGUACCAUGGACAGUAUGGUGAGACUCCUAUCAACUAUCCUAAGUACAAUACACCAAUAAGCGAUGCUUUUCUAAAAGCCUGCAGUGAGUCUGGCUACAAACACGUGGACUAUAAUGGAAAGACUCAUUCAGGUUAUUCCCGGGUACAGUCCAACACUUUUGAUGGCAUGCGAAUGGGUGCGAGCACAUGCUUUCUUGACCAAGCCCGUCAAGAUCGUCUAAACCUCCACGUAUUGACAAAAAGCACUGUCAAAAAGAUCACGCUUGAAGGCAAAAAAGUGACUGGCGUUGUAUACACGCAAAACGGCAUCACCAAAUCCAUGAAAUGCAAGCGCGAGGUGAUCCUCUGCGCAGGAGCCGUGGGAUCAGCGAAACUGCUGCUGCUUUCUGGCAUUGGGCUGCAAAAAGAGCUUAACAGGCACAAGAUAAAUGUUGUGCACGAGCUACCUGUGGGAGAAGGACUCCAAGACCAUGUGAUAUUCUUGGGCAUGGUGGUCACCACAACUACUGAUCUCAUUGGACUGUCACAUAUGAAUCAAAGUGUUGCACAGUAUAUGUAUAAUCGCACGGCCUUCGUCAUGUUCGUGACGCGGUGA